AUGAACGAUACAAGUAAUAUAAGACAAGAUAAUGUAAAACAAACAAAUGAUAAAGAAGAAUUGCUUAAAAGAUGUAAAGUUUUAGAUAUUCAAGGAAAUAAAUGCGGAACUCUUUAUGUUAAUGACGAUUCAACUAGAAAUGCUAUUAAUCAUUUAUUAACUGAUAAUAAAUUAUCGAAGGAUGGUAAAACUAAUAAU